AUGGCUCCAUUUGAGAAAUCCAUGGAGAUGAUGCCUUUCAAGCAAAGGAAAUGCCUUGAAACGAGAAAAGAUGAAGUGUGCAGUAUUCGGUCUAAAUUUCCAAACAAAUUGCCUGUGAUUGUUGAACGUUACAUCAAUGAAAAGACUCUCCCCUUACUGGACAAAACAAAGUUCCUGGUCCCAUUUGAGCUCACCCUGGGUCAGUUCCUGUGCUUGUUAAGGAAUAAGAUUGCCUUAGACUCCACCCAGGCUCUGUUCCUUCUGGUGGCAGAGAAGAGCAUGUCCUGCAUGUCCUCCAGCAUGGGAGAGGUUUACUCCCGCUACAGAGACACUGACGGCUUCCUCUACAUCACCUACGCAUCACAGGACAUGUUUGGAGCACCUCAGCCAGCAGCAGCCAGGCCACCCUGCUGAGUCUGAGGCAGAAAAAAUGAACUGAACCCAAACCAGCGGUGGUGACCACCAAACUGAACAAACUGAGCCAAGCCCUGACCGCUUUCAUCCUUUUUUAAAGCCCCAAACUGCAUAUCUGCCUACCUCAGGAAUCUCUGUGGACUGUCAGUGAAUAACUUCAUCCCCCAGUAUUUACAAGCUCUGCCACCUCAGCUAGCCGAAACUGGACUGGGGUGGCCAAGACUCUCCUGGUUAGAAAGCAAAAUUAAGAAUCCCUUCAGUCUCUCUCUGAUGAAAAGAUUGCAACAAUGAGUCCCCGCCAUGUCAGGACGUCUGGAGACUCUCAGCAUGAUGGAAG